GCGGCAGAGCGUUGAAUGGGGCGCUGCGAGGUCGGCUCGGCUUUGUGCGGCCAGCCGGCGGGCACCCCUCCCGGCCCAGCCCGGCCCGCCCCGCCCACCCCGACCCCUGCUGCCGGGGAGCGGAGACCCGGCGGCCGCUGCGGACUCGGACGAGAUCGACGCAAGGUCAGCGGCGGACGCGCGCGGGGGAGGACCGGGUGCCCGGUGCGCGGCGGGGACGCCCGCGAGCGGGCUGGAGGGCUCCCUGGAAUCUCCAGAAGUUGCUUCCAUCAUGGCAGAACUCAAGGUGGAGACCCGGACCAGUGUAGACUGGCAGAAGCGCUGCCUGGCCCUGGAAAGCCAGCUUUUCCGGUUCCGCCUGCAGGCCAGCAAGAUAAGGGAGCUGUUGGCCGACAAGAUGCAGGAGCUGGAGCAGAGGCUGCUGGAGGCAGAGCAGAGAGCGGAGGACGCGGAGACCCAGGUGGGUGUGAUGGAAGAGAAGGUGAAAUUGUCCAAUCUGAAAAAUGUGGACUCAGCAGGCAGCCUGCACCGGAAGUACAAAGAAUUGCUGAAUGCCAUGCAGGGCAAAGACGAACUCAUCGGCCGGCUGGAGGCCCAGUUGGAGAAGCAGAAGAAGAUGAGAGCUGAGGAAGCAAAAAUCGUUCAAGAAAAAGCUGCAAAGAUCAAGGAAUGGGUGACACUGAAGUUAGCAGAGCUUGAGAUGGAGAAUCAGCACCUGAAAAGCUGUAAUCAGCACCUGGUGGAGCAGGUGGGAGCCCUUCAACGUGCACUGGAAGCUCUUCAGAUGGCACCUUUGGGGAAGCUGCUGGUGGCCCCCCAGGGAACCACAGAGCAGGAUUCUGUCCCUGCAGGACCAGGAGCCCAGCCAGUGGGGCAAGACGGUGGUCCUCAGGCCCAGGGUGCCCUGAAGGCAGCUAUGCCUGUACCUUCUCCAGCUGCUCUGCAGAGCAAGGACUCUGUUCCUAAAGCAGGAAGCCCCUUGGAGGAUUCUAUUUCCAGUAGGGUCCACCCUGGAGAAAUAUCAGGGGCCAAGACCCUUCCACUUCAUCUGGGAGGACAGGGCUGUCCUGGCCAGCUAUGCCUGAAGCCUUGCACCCCCAGGCAUGGUUUGGCUUCCUGGGGUGAAGGCCUGGUCACUGCUCAGGGAAGGACGCUCCCUAGGACGAAGACCUCUGCCAGGGAAGGUGGCCCCGGCUGCAGCCUGACUCUGCCGAAGGUGCGGGCUCCCAGCACCCACCGGGACAGCAUCCAGCUGGCCAAGCGGCACCACAGCCAGCCCCAGGCGGGCCCUGCGCACUUCAACCACGUGGUGAGCAUUGAGAUUGGGACACUCUCAGCCCUCCCCUCCUCCAGCCUUCCCAAGGUGGAGGCUGGACCUGAGCUCCGGGAGGAACCGGAGAAGAUGGAGAUGGAGGAGCAACCCCCAGCGGGGAAGAUGGAGGAAGUGGAUUUGGGGAACAAACCACCUACACCCCCCCUGCACCGGUUUCCAUCCUGGGAGAGCCGGAUCUACGCUGUGGCCACGUCAGGCAUGCGGCUCUCUGAAGUGUCUGCUAGAAGUAAUGCCACCUGCUGUGCUUCAAGCCCUCCAGCCCUUGCAUCCCCUGGGCCUUUCUCUGGCCUGGUCUGCAAGAACGUCACCGUGCCGGUCUACACAGCCUUGAAGGGGAAAGCCACGCAGAUCAGCACGGUGCCCUUUGUGGACGAGUCCUCUGGGUCCGAUGAUGACUGCAGCUCCCAGGCGAGCUUCCGAACUUCAAUGCCCUGCUCUGAGUCCAGGAAGACCAGUGGACUGGGCAGCCCCCGGGCCAUCAAGAGAGGCGUCUCCAUGUCCUCGCUGAGCUCCGAGGGCGACUACGCCAUCCCCCCGGACGCCUGCUCCCUAGACAGCGACUACUCAGAGCCUGAGCACAAACUACAGCGCACCUCAUCCUACUCCACCGACGGGCUGGGCCCAGGCGGGGAGUCACUGGAGAAGUCAGGCUACCUGCUGAAAAUGGGGAGCCGGGUGAAGACGUGGAAGAGGCGCUGGUUUGUCCUGAGACAGGGACAGAUCAUGUACUACAAGUCUCCGAGUGACGUCAUCCGGAAACCUCAAGGUCAAGUGGAACUGAACUCCCGUUGCCAAAUUGUUCGAGGGGAGGGUGCACAGACAUUCCAGCUCAUCUCUGAGAAGAAGACCUAUUACCUGACAGCGGACUCGCCCAGCCUGCUGGAGGAGUGGAUCCGUGUCCUACAGAGCCUGCUGAAGGUCCAGGCCAUUGGGCCUCCAGCCCUGCCUCAGGGUGGCACCAAGCCCACUGUGAAGGGCUGGCUGACUAAGGUCAAGCAUGGCCAUUCCAAACUGGUCUGGUGUGCUCUUGUUGGGAGAACCUUCUACUACUGUCGAAGCCACGAGGACAAGCGACCCCUGGGCCGUCUGCCUGUGCGGGACGCACGCAUAGAGGAAGUAGAUCGAUCCUGUGACUCAGACGAGGACUAUGAGGCUGGAGGAACCCGGCGGUUGCUUUCCUCCCACUGCACCCUUGUGAUCCACCCCCCAGAGCACAGCCCCACCUACCUCCUCAUUGGCACCAAGCACGAAAAGGAUACGUGGCUUUACCACCUCACAGUGGCUGCAGGUGGCAGCAGUGCCAAGGUGGGCACUGCCUAUGAGCAGCUUAUUGGAAAGCUGAUGGAUGGUGAGGGAGACCCAGAUUCCCCCCUCUGGAGGCACCCCAUGCUGUGCUACAGCAAAGACGGGCUGUACACCUCCCUCACCACCCUGCCCUCCGAGGCCCUGCAGACGGAGGCUGUCAAGCUCUUCAAGUCGUGCCAACUCUUCAUCAACGUGCCCGUGGAAGCGGCCUCGGUGGACUACCACGUGUCCCUGGCCCAGACCGCGCUGCAGGUCUGCCUGGUUCACCCCGAGCUGCAGAGCGAGCUGUACUGCCAGCUCAUGAAGCAGACCAGCUGCCGCCCGCCGCAGAAGUACUCCCUCAUGCAGUGCUGGCAGCUCUUGGCUCUGUGUGCCCCACUUUUCCUGCCUCAGCACCACUUCCUCUGGUACGUCAAACAGCAGCUCCAGCGCCACGCAGAUCCCCGAAAUGAGACGGGCCAGUACGCCACGUACUGCCAGCGGGCAGUGGAGCGGACGCUGCAGACUGGGGAGCGGGAGGCCAGGCCGUCGCGCAUGGAGGUGGUGUCCAUCCUGCUGCGGAACCCCUUCCACCACUCCUUGCCCUUCAGCAUCCCCGUGCACUUCGCCAACGGGACUUACCAGGUGGUGGGUUUUGACGGCUCCUCCACAGUUGACGAGUUCCUCCAGCGGCUGAACCAGGAGACGGGCAUGAGGAAGUCCUCCCAUUCUGGCUUCGCCCUCUUCACGGACGACCCUUCUGGCAGGGACCUGGAACACUGCCUGCAGGGGAGCGUCAAGAUCUGCGAUGCCAUCUCCAAGUGGGAACAAGCCCUGAAGGAGCUUCACUCUGGAAAGUCUGAGGGUGGCACACGUGUCGUGAAGCUGAUGUACAAGAACAGGCUGUACUUUCGGAGUCAAGUCAAAGGGGAGACAGAGCGAGAGCGCCUGCUGCUUGCCUCCCAAACUAGUGCAGAGAUAGUGGCAGGGAGGUUUCCUGUCAACAAGGAGCUGGCUCUGGAGAUGGCUGCACUGAUGGCCCAGGUAGAGUAUGGGGACUUGGAGAAGCCCAUCCUGCCAGGACCUGGGGGCACACCCCCUGCCAAGGCUCUGCAUCACCUCCAGCAGGUCCUAGACAGGUUCUACCCAAGGCGCUACAGACACGGGGCCCCCCUGGAACAGCUGAGGCACCUGGCAGAUCAGCUGACCACAAAGUGGGCAGCACUGCAAGGCUGCUCCUCUCCUGAGUGCAUCCGCAUCUACCUGACAGUGGCCCGGAAAUGGCCUCUCUUUGGUGCUAAGCUCUUUGCUGCUCAGCCUGCACAGCUGUCUUCCAAGGAGAACAGUCUGGUGUGGAUUGCCGUGAACGAGGAUGGUGUCAGCAUUCUGGACCACAACACUAUGCAAGUGCACGUCACUUAUCCCUACUCUUCAGUGAUGACCUUUGGUGGCUGCCGGGAUGACUUCAUGCUUGUGAUUAGAUCCAUUUCAGACCAGAGCUCUGGAAAAGGCCAUAUUGAGAAGUUGAUCUUCCGGAUGGCUGCUCCCAAGAUUGCAGAGGUGACCUUCAUCAUGGCCAGCUACAUGAACCACUGCUCCACAGCUGUGGACCCACCCCCCAACCCGCCUGCUGCCUGCCAGCCAUGGGAACUGGAUGGACGACAGUUCUUUGCUUCUGUUCCAUGUGCUGCCAAGGGGCCAACGUUGCUGUGAAUAUUUCUCCUACCCCUUUCCCCACCACCACCUGGUGCCUCUGGGAUUAGAGAGAUGUAUCCUCGGGUGCGACACUACUGUGAUGGGUCUAACAGCCCCCCUGCAGCCUGCCCCAGUUGUUCUGUGAAAUGUGUAUUUCAGUGUCCAUGAAGCCUUUACUCUCUAGGUGCCUUAUAAUGUUUCAGGGCCAACCUUUAAAAAUCCAGACCCAGUAUAAAAACCACUCUUUUUUUUCACAAGAAUACUGAGCUCUGGAUGCUGCCCGAUUCUAGACACAGAUAGGGAUGGCCCACUGUUUGUUACUGGUUACUGAGGGCAUCAGUGCUGUAAGUCAGAAUUUCCUGCACUGCUACUCUCAGGGAGACUAGUAUGUUUAUGUUGUGUAUGGUCCUCAUGCAGGGAUUUAUACUUGAAGUUUUCCCGACAUCCCUGAACAGGAGAGGACUAGAAUUUCCAAUUCACCUGAACUCCAACAAAAGCUUAGAACUCACUAAGACUGGACUUCCUUUCCCAUAUGGGAAAGGUGUUGGCAGGGCUGGAGAAAAAGGAGGAGACUCACCUUUCCCCUUCCCCUGGUGCGAACAAGGAGGCAUCGGCGGUGCCCUUCUGGGGCAGCGGCACCUGUCUCUGCAGGACAAAGCGCUAUUCCCCUGAGACUGAAGCUGUUCUCCCUCACACUGGACCGUCAGCCCAACUGGGUACAGGCAAGGGCAGGGGCUAGGUCCAACCUGACCUCUCCCUGUCUCAUUUUAACAACUGGACAGGGCUCAGUGAAGGCUGUGCUUACUACUGUAGGAGAAGGUGGUCGUCGCUUGUCCCCCUGCUCUUUGAAAGACCAAGCAAAUGCAUUCUGCUUUUUGCUGCUCUGUGAGGCCACCAAAGAUGAGUCAGAAACAGAAGACCCCCUGCAGGCUCGUGGGCCUGGAUUUGUUCCUUAAGACUUCUGGCGAACUUGCGCUGGGAAUUAGUUUGAGGGCAGACGCACAUUAUGUGUUAUCUGUCCUAGCCUGAGAGCAUCAGGUGAAAGAAAUUGAAAGUACCUUUCACCUUUUGCCUUCCUGACGAUGCCAAUAUCCCCCCAUCCCCGAGUGAGACCUUCUGUUGGAUGCAGAGAUGAUCUUGUCUCCGCCCUCCCUUAACAGGAAAAAAAAAAAGACGAAAGAGUUCAUUUAUACUCUGAUUAUUUUCCAACAUUGAAGAAACUGAGUUUUAUUUCAUAGCUCUAAGGCAGUCUUAUCAUCUUUCGAUAAAGUGCCGAACAAACUAUAUGGGUUUAGCAAUAGCAUCCAAGAACCAAGCCUUUAACCCCAGCAAAGUGUGUGUGUGUUGCACACUGUGAAAACUGCAAGGCUGGAACUAGUUUAUCUGAACACCUCAGCUGCUGUAAGCUUCCCCUCUCUCACCCAUUAAGCUGACAAGCAUGAUGAAAAAAGCAGCACAUCAGAGUGUCUGCCUUUUUUAAAUGAACUUGACUUUGCCAGGCUGGCAAUUUUAUAGCUGCCUCCCAUUUCUGUUCCUGCCUUUCCCCCAGCAUUUGGGAUUUAGCUGAGACAUUUCUACCUCGAACAAGUCACAUGUCACAUGUCCCACAGGCUCCUGAAUAACCCCUCCAGGGCUGGUGUAAAAGGCAGAAGUUACAGCUCUAGUUUUGCAAUAUCUUGAGUGUCUCUAAGGCAAAUAAGGAAUUAUCAUCUAGCCAGGAGUUAAAAAAAAAAAAAGUCCCAAAGAAAAAGCAAGAAUGGAGCUGUGUUCAUAUUGAAUUUGGGGGUCACGCUAUUUCCCCCGCCCUGUCUUCUUCCCAACCCUUCAGGAAUCCUCCCUUAGUUUAUUAAUUUUAUAUAGAAGAAACUGCCUUAUAAACAAAGGCUUCUAUAGUAUGUAUGUUUAUCCUUCUUUAACAUGUCUGGAAACCAAAGUCAAAUUUCUGUCUGGCCUUUUAUCUCAUCCCUCUUGGCAAAAGAAGUUUUUGAAACCAUAGACAAUGCUGAGUAACAAGAGUAUUAAUGUGCUUGACACCCGUGACUGAAAUGCCGUGAUCGUGUUUGUCAAUAAAAAGCAGCUGUCUGAACCAA